AUUUUGAAUCAGGCUGCGGCUCUCCGCGACCGCGAGUCCGCGCAGUUGAUGUUAACCAAACAGUAAACAGACUGGGUGCAUUCCAUGGCGAUGUAGACGCAAAUCGUUGUUUUAUAUUGUCUAAUUUAAGGUAUUUUUUCAUCGCGGAGUGACGUUAAAAAAGCAACGAUGCAUCGAAGAGGAGGAAAACGUAUCCGGAUGGACGACCCGGUCCCUCCAGAGUACGAGACUGCUAUGAUAACGAACGAAAGCUACAGCGAGACUCCAGAUUAUGCUCAGUCCUCAAAUGAUUAUCAGGAUCCAACUCUGGAUGCCCAGCUUGCUGCACCCAGCAACAUGCGAAUUACUAGGAACACCCGUGCCAGGCUACGUGGUGGUCCCAUUCAGCAACCGAAAUACAAAGAAAUCGAUGAGGAUUAUAUACCCUCUGCAAGUUCAGCCGCCGCCGCCGCCGCCGCUGCCUCUGCUGCAGCUGCUGCCACUCAUCAUACCACUCAUACUACUCAUCAUGUAACUCAUACACCUCAUACUCCCAAGGUAAGAGCUACGGGAAGAGGACGAGCAAAGCGCGCCCAUCAAUCCCACAAUUUGGAGGAUGAAACUAGUUUAUAUUUUGCUGUGCGAAACAACAGAUCCUCCUUAACUGGCAUUGUAGACGAGUGGAUAGAGAAGUACAAGCUUAACAAGGAAAAUGCUUUGCUUAUGCUGAUGCAGUUCUUUAUCAGUGCCAGCGGUUGUAAGGGUCUCAUCACUGCAGAGAUGCAAUCACUGGAGCAUACGCAAAUCAUCAGAAAGAUGACCGAAGAAUUUGAUGAAGAAAGUGGAGAAUAUCCAUUGAUAAUGUCAGGUCAACAGUGGAAAAAGUUUCGCUCCAAUUUCUGUGAAUUUGUGCAAAUUUUAGUACGUCAAUGUCAGUAUUCUAUAAUUUAUGAUCAGUUCUUGAUGGACAAUAUAAUUUCUCUACUCACUGGAUUGUCUGAUUCACAAGUCAGAGCUUUCAGACACACUGCUACUUUGGCAGCUAUGAAGUUGAUGACUGCAUUGGUAGAUGUAGCAUUGACUGUAUCUAUUAAUCUAGAUAAUACACAAAGACAGUAUGAGGCAGAACGUCAAAAAAAUAGAGAAAAACGUGCUGCUGACAGAUUGGAGUCUUUAUUGUCAAAAAGAAAGGAACUGGAAGAGAACAUGGAUGAAAUCAAGAACAUGCUGACUUACAUGUUCAAAUCUGUUUUUGUGCAUAGGUACAGAGAUACCCUCCCGGAAAUACGAGCAAUCUGUAUGGCUGAAAUUGGUAUUUGGAUGAAGAAAUUCCACCAAAACUUUCUCGAUGAUUCGUAUCUCAAAUAUAUAGGAUGGACUUUACAUGAUAAAGUGGGAGAAGUCAGACUCAAAUGCUUGCAAGCAUUACAACCACUUUAUGCAUCUGAAGAGCUCAAAACCAAAUUGGAACUUUUUACCAGCAAGUUUAAGGACAGAAUUGUAGCCAUGACGUUAGAUAAAGAGUACGACGUCGCUGUGCAGGCGGUAAAAUUAGUCAUUUCGAUAUUCAAACAUCAUCGCGAAAUUCUCACGGAUAAAGAUUGCGAGCACGUUUAUGAAUUGGUCUACUCUUCUCACAGAGCUGUUGCUCAAGCAGCUGGAGAAUUCGUAAACGAAAGAUUCUUCACCUCCAAUGAGGAGCACGACGUAAAAACAAAACGUGGUAAGAAACGUUUGCCAAACACUCCUUUCAUCAGAGAUCUAGUUCUGUUCUUCAUUGAAUCUGAACUUCACGAGCAUGGAGCAUAUCUGGUUGAUUCAUUGAUAGAAACUAAUCAGAUGAUGAAAGACUGGGAGUGCAUGACUGAUCUUUUAAUAGAAGAACCUGGUGAUGAAGAAGAUGUGCUGGACAAUCAACAGGAAACAUCCCUCAUUGAAAUCAUGGUCUGUUGUAUCAAACAGUCUGCCACUGGUGAGGCUCCUGUGGGUAGAGGACCUACGAGAAAAAUCUUGUCUGCUAAAGAGUCUAAGCAAGUCCAGGAAGAUAAGCAACGUUUGACUGAACAUUUUAUUCAAGUUUUACCUAUUUUGUUGGACAAGUACAGAGCUGAUCCUGAAAAAUUAGCAAAUUUAUUGUCUAUACCUCAGUACUUUGACUUGGACAUCUACACCAAAUCUAGACAAGAACAAAAUUUGGAUCUUCUGCUGAGAAAAAUUCACGAUAUCGUAGACAGAUCACCGAAUUCGGAAGUUUUGAAUACAGCCGCCAAAACUCUCGAGUACAUGUGCGUUCCCGGAUCAGCUAUUUUCCGCAAAUGUGAUGUAGCUAGGUCUACGCUGAUCGAUGCGAUUGUCAUCAAGUACAACGAAGCUAUUACCACCUUCAAAUACCAGAUGGAUGGAAGCGAGCAACCGACCGAGGAUGAAAUCUUUGCCGUCGUCGAGUCCUUGAAGAAGGUCGCUAUCUUCUACAGCUGUCACAACAUGAAUAGCUGCGACAUUUGGGAGCCCAUGUUCAAAGACAUCAAAGAUUACCCUUACAAUCUACCAGUGGAGGCAAUCAAAUACUGCAUCAACGCUUGCUUCUACUCGAUUUUAUGGUCGCAGAGCGACCUGAUCGAGAAUCUUGAGGGCGACAACCGAGCCGACGAGGAAGCUCAAAGGCUGAGAGGCCGACUGCACGACUUUAUGCGAUGCAUGUACGAGUUUAUCAGUACCGAGAACGAAGAGGAGAUACCAAUCCUGCUGAAGGAGGAGGCCUACAACACGAUCUGCGACCUGCUCGUUAUAUUCUGCAACCAGCUGACGACCCAGAAGAACCAACUGCUGCAUCAGCUGGUCUACGAAGCCGACGUCCUCAUGCAGGACUCGCUUAACAGAUUCGUCCAGCUAUACGUCUUCUCGGAUAACGAGGAGAAUGAACACGACGAACAUUCCAAGAUCGAAGAGCUGCACAAGAAGCGCAACUUCCUCGCUGGCUUUUGCAAGCUCAUCGUGUACAACAUGAUCCCGACCAAGGCGGCGGCUGACAUCUUCAAGCAUCACGUCAAGUUCUACAACGACUAUGGCGAUAUCAUCAAGACGACGAUAGGCAAGGCUCGAGACAUCAACAAGACCAACUGCGCGCUCACGAUGCAGCAGAGUCUCAACAUCCUCUUCAACGAGAUCCUCGAAAAGGAAGACAAGGUCAGUAGGACCAGCGAGGAGUUCACGGCAAUCAAGGAGCUGGCCAAGCGCUUCGCCUUAUCCUUUGGUCUGGACGCUGUGAAAAAUCGCGAGGCUAUCACAGCCCUGCAUCGUCAGGGAAUACUCUUCGCUGUAUCGAUGCAGGAUAGCGACGUCGAUCCAACCGGACCCCCGCCCAACCUCGCCUAUCUCGAAAUUCUCAGCGAAUUCACCAAUAAGCUGCUCAAGCAGGAUAAGAAGCUGGUACUCAAUUUUCUGGACAAGCAUUUACAGGCAGGUAUGCCGUCGUCGAAAGGAGAAGACUGGCAACCGCUGCUGCUCUACAGAAACAGCUUGCUCCACGGAGACACCGAUACUAUCCCGGUCACCAGUAAACGUGCUUAUACCAGACGCAGGAAAGAUCUCAUUGCUGAAGAGGAUGACGGCGAUGAAGGAGACGACGCUUCGGACCACGAGUUUAUGGCCAUGAAUUAUUAGGAAUUUUAUAUUGUUUGAAAGGACGGUUGAAAGAGCGACGUGACAAGUGUUUGUACUCCAUCUGAAUUAUUUAUUUAUAUAAUGCAAUUUUUGUAUCUUGGAUAAUUAUAGCGUGAAGAUCGGUAUUCGAGUGAAAUAUGAAAAUUGAUAUAUUAUAGUUGUAGAGAUCGUAUGUGUUAAAUGUAUCAUUUAUUUUUAUUAUUUUUCAAGACAUUAAUUUGGCGUAUUCUUCUUAGUCGACUUUCUUGUUCAGCAAGUUUCAGUCGAUGAAUUCGUAAUUUUACGAUCAGUUGAGAAAUUAGCAGGUUCAGCACGACGGUAUCUUUAAUAUACUAAUAAAUCUUCGUCGAGAGUAACCAAAAGUUUCAUUUUUAGUUUUAAACUAUAAAUUAUUAAGUUAUUUGAGAUUUGUUUGUACACAAUGAUUGUGCUAAAUCUGUUAAACUUAAUACAAGACUUAAAAAUUCUGUAAAGUACUACUACUUAUAAAUAAAUCAAAGUUUAAUACUGUA